ACUGUUCACCGGAUCGAGCACUUAUUCAUCAGCCACCAAAAUGUCAGAAACCAACACAGAUUCUGCAACAAAGAAAUUGGUAGUUGUUACAGGAUCCAAUAAGGGGAUUGGAUUGGAGAUAUGUCGCCAGUUAGCCACUAUUGGCUUUAUAGUGGUGUUAACAGCUAGAGAUGAGAAGAGGGGUGUUGAAGCUGUGGAGAAACUCAAAGGGUCUGGACUCUCUCAUGUGGUUUUUCAUCAGCUUGAUGUGAUGGACCCUGCUAGUAUUGCUUCCCUGGCUGAUUUCAUCAAAACCCAGUUUGGAAAACUUGAUAUCUUGGUGAACAAUGAUGGAAUUACUGGAUUUGUAUUAAAUGAUGAAGCUAAAAGGGUCGUGAAGGCAGUAGAAGGACUAAACUUCACUUGCCCAAAAAUAAAUCAAAAUGAACUGUUUUUACUGAUGCAGGUCGAAGUUUGUCUAGCCAAACAAAGUGAACUAGCAAUACAGACCCAUGAAACCACUAAUGAAUGUGUGCAAACAAACUACUACGGCACCAAAAGAGUGACUGAAGCACUUCUUUCCCUCCUUCAGCUAUCUGAUUCGCCAAGAAUUGUUAAUGUUUCAUCAUCUCUAGGGCAGCUACAGCUUGUCACUGACCCAUGGGCCAAAGAAGUGCUAAGCAAUGAGGAUGGCCUCACAGAAGAAAGAGUGGAUGAUGUGUUGAACAAGUUUCUAAAGGAUUUCUCCCAGGAUAGCAAAGGCUGGCCUGCCUACACAAUAUCCAAAGCAGCCAUAAAUGCCUACACAAGGUUUCUGGCAAGGAAGUUCCCCAAAUUUCGCAUAAAUUGUGUCUGCCCUGGUUAUGUUAAAACUGACAUUAACUACAACACUGGGAUCUUUACUGUUGAAGAAGGUGCAGCAGGCCCUGUGAAGCUAGCUUUGUUGCCUGAUGAUGGCCCUUCUGGAUUUUUCUUUUUUAGAAAGGAAGUAUCGACCGUUUAAUCAUACAUGACCAUAGUUCAUCAUCCUG